AGCAAGUAUUGAUAAUCCUCCAUGCAUGUCAUCCUCCAGUGAACUUAAGUGCUCUAUAUGUCUGGAUGUGUUCACUGAUCCAGUCAGCACUCCAUGUGGACACAACUUCUGCAAGACCUGUUUGAAUAAGUGCUGGGACAACAGCCAGACCUGCAGCUGUCCAUACUGUAAAGAAACAUUCAAGCAAAGACCUGAUCUCAAGAUUAAUACCACACUCCGAGAGAUCGUAGAUCACUAUAAAAAGAAAAGUCUUGAGAAAAAAAGUGUGACUUUCAGUGAAGUUCUGUGUGACAUCUGUGAGGAAAGAAAGCUGAAAGCUCUGAAGUCGUGUCUGGUGUGUCAGAGCUCUUACUGUGAAACUCACCUGGAGCCUCAUUUGAGAGUGGCAGGUUUAAAGAAACACAAACUGAUGGAUCCUGUGAGUAAUCUGGAGGACUAUAUAUGUCAGAAACAUGAGAGACCUCUGGAGCUGUUCUGUAGAGAUGAUCAGACAUGUGUGUGUCUCUCCUGCACUGAAGGAGAUCAAAAGAACCACAACACUGUUUCUUUAGAAGAGACUGAGUUGGUGAUCCAAGACGUGCAGCAGAUGAUCCAAGACAGAAUCAAGAAGAUUCAAGACAUCAAACUCUCAGCAGAAGUCAGAAAAAGACACACAGAGAAGGAGAAAGCAGCUCGUGUUGAGCUCUUCACUGAUCUCAUCCGCUCCAUUGAGAGAUGUCAGACUGAAGUGCUGGAGAUGAUGGAGGAGCAGCAGAAAGCAGCAGAGAAACAGGAUAAAGAGCUCACUGAAGAUCUGGAGCAGGAGAUCACUGAGCUAAAGAUGAGAAACACUGAGCUGGAGCAGCUCUCACACACUGAAGAUCACCUCCACCUCCUACAGAUUUACUCAUCCCUGUGCAGCCCUACAAACACCAGGAACUGGCCUGAGAUCAGUAUGAAGACUCAUAAGAAUCUGAAGACUCUGAGGAGAGCUCUGACUCAACUGCAGGAAACUCUACAUGAGAAACUCGCACAAACUAAGCUGAAGUGGAUGCAGCAGUAUGCAGUGGAUGUGACUCUGGAUCCUGAUACAGCUCAUCCAAAUCUCAUCCUGUCUGAUUAUGGAAAACAAGUGAAAUGUGGAGACAUUUGGCAGAAACUCCCAGACAACCCAGAGAGAUUUGAUCACGGUUCAAAUAUCCUGGCAAAGGAGGGAUUCUCCUCAGGGAGAUUUUAUUUUGAGGUGCAGGUGAAGGGAAAGACUAACUGGACUUUAGGAGUGGCCCAAGAAUCCAUUAAAAGGAAGGGAGAGAUCAAACUGAGACCCAGUAAUGGAUUUUGGACAGUGAUUCUGAGGAAUAAGAAUGAAUAUAAAGCCUGUGCUGGUCCCACUGUCUCUCUGUCUGUGAGAGUGAAACCGCAGCAGAUCAGUGUGUUUGUGGAUUAUGAGGAGGGUCUGGUCUCCUUUUAUGAUGUGGAGUCCAGCUCUCAUAUCUACUCUUACACUGGUCAGCCUUUCAACGGGAAACUCUAUCCAUAUUUUGGCCCAUCCUUAAACUAUGGAGGUGUAAACUCAAUCCCACUGAUCAUCACACCUGUCAAUUACAAUAAAUGAAUUUAUAUCCCUGA